AAAAACUGUUUUCUGCUUUGACUGAUAUGGACAGCUCACAGUAACUUUAGACGGAUAGCUAACCCGUGCAACAGACAGAAAGGGACAUGUAUCCACAUUUUCAAUAUUUAAGCUCCGGGUUGAACGAGAACGUCGGCAAGUGCAAUACUCGUCAAUGAAAUUAUCAGCACUAGAAACUGUAUGUAGAUUCUCGAACAGAUUACUCCAAACGACAAAAAUUUAUUCUCUAAAUUAUUCGUUUAUUAAGCAACUUAAAAUUAUGGAAAGAGAGAAAGAUUACACACAUCUAUGGCUUUAUUGUAAAAUAUUAAUUUUUUUAAUGUAAAAAUUGAAUUAAAAAAAGAAGUAAGAUACAAAAAAGAAAUAAAUCUUUUAUUAUAUAUUGAUUUCUACAAAAAUUCUGCCUGAUGCCGAUGGUAUAUGGCUUAAUUAUUCAAAAUUUUUAAUUGUAGAAGAUAAAAGCAUAAAAAAAUAUUAAGCAUUAAUAUGUUAAAGAAGUAUAAAAUAUAUAUCAGAAAAUUCACUCACUACUCCUCGUUACGAAAAUAUCGUAGUUUCUUGUUGCUUUUACUCCAGUUUGCCCGGGAUUAACGAUUCUUGGGAUCGUUACCUCAAAUAAAUAACCCACACUGGCAUUACGAAUUUGGCGUAUUCUGAAAUUUAAUCAGUUUGCACACACGCAUACAUUGUGUUACAUGAUUCGAGAAAAAAAUAUGAAUGUCAUCAAAUAGUUUUAAAAAGUACAGCGUUGCUCAUUAUGUUGCUCAUUCCACGUCAAACCGAGCACCUUAGAAACAUUAUCAAUUUUAAUUUUUUUUUAAUUUGCUGACAUAUUUUACAGAGAAAAACAUGAGAUACGUGUUUCACGAAAAAAAUUCGAGAUUUUUUGUCAAGUUAUUCACGCUUGUAAGUUGUAAAAAAAAUUUAUUAAAAAACGUCGCUCAAAUGAACAUUCAAAUUACUAUAUUGUCGAAAUCGUUAGUUGUAUAAAAAAAUGCAAAAGAAUCGAGUAUGAAGAUAUUCUAAAUUUGUCAAAAAGAUCUUUCAUAAAAAAUAAGAUGGAUAAUUUAUUUGUUUAUUAAAAAAUAUUGUAGAAAAUAAUUUAUAAUGGUAAUUACUGUAUGCGAUAACUUCAAUAAAGUUUUGUAUUAUUUGUCAAUAAGUAUUUGUAAUAAUUGUCAGUAAGAUUUUUAUGUAAUAUGCAACUAUCAAAAGCAUACGUUAAGAUUUGAUCAAGAUUUCGAUGUUCAAACUCGCAUAAUGUAAUAGCUUCAAGAAGCUUUAAUAUUACAUUUAAUCUCAACGUUAGAAAAGUUUUAAUUACGCUUCUGUUAUUAUAUUUACAAUGAAAUAAAAAAAGUGCAAAAUGUAUUAGACACUUGUUAAUUGGUAAAAACUUACGAGCAAGUUACUUCCAAUUGGGUACGAUUAAAAAGUCAUUGUCAGCAAUGGACUUCCCUCGCUGACGACGCAUUUCAGCGAAAGCAAUCGUUCAAUCGAUCAGAGUUACGUGGUAUCCGUUUCUAUCAUCAUUUUCAUUAUGAUCAUUCCAGAUAAGACUUGCUUUAUUCUGCGUAUUAGUGUGUGUUAUUUUCUUUUAACUGAUGUUUCACACUCUUGGAAUCUAACGUCGCUGAACAUAUCGGACGAUGUUCUAAUAUGGAGAUUCGCCGUGUGGAGAAAUCGCGGUUUUCUGGCAAUUCCCAGAUCGACAAAUAAAAGGGAAGAAGGAUGGAAACCAACCCUAGUGGAAGUUUCUUGGCCUGAAAUUAAUUUGCGAUUAAAUGUUGCGAACGUAGGAAUUUCCCCAAAACCUUUCCCCAAAGACGGAUCAAAGCAUGAAACUCUCGUAUCCGUAACUGGAUUAGACAUAGACGCUCGAGGGCGAUUAUGGAUUCUAGACACAUCUGAUAAACGUGAUCGGUGGCCUCGAAUCGUCAUUUACGAUUUGAAACGAAACGAUCAAUUGGUAUCAUCUACCGAACUGACUAAAGUGUAUUCGAAGCGAUUAAGGUCUCUCGUGAUUGAUCCAUUUGAAGAUCAAUGGGGAUUUCGUGGAUAUAUCGCGGAUGCCGGUGAUGAAACGAUCAUUGUUUACUGUUCGGAAUUACGCAAGUGGUGGAAAUUGAAAAUGUUACACGGACCCGAAAUUCCGCGCGUGGAAUCCACCGACCUUGCUGUUUCUCGGAGAAACUCGAUCUUAUACAUGACAGGGCAGAAUACGCACAAUCUGUUUGGCAUUAAUUUGAAAAAGAUUAGCACGGAUAAACUAUUACAAACAGUACCUUCACGCGGAGUGCAAAAUGUAACAGUGACCUGGCUUGGGAAAAAAUUAGGCUCUUCCGUAGGGCUGUUCAGCGAUUUAAAAGACGGCCUGCACUAUUUUAUGACUUCAGAGAGAGCCAGCGUGAGAUGGGACACUAAGCUUCCUUUGAACGCGCAGAGUCAUUCGGUCCUGGUACAAAACGAUGACGUCCCGUGCAUAACCGAUUACAUAAUGGAUACGCGAAGAAACGUAUGGGGAUUAGUGAAUUCUAAAUGUCCUGGCGUAACGAAGAAAAAUACUUCGAGCAAUUCGACGCUUAAAUCUAGAACAAUUAAAAUUCAAAAAUAUCCUGUUGCAUUGUAAUUCAAUAACAUUUUUAAUUUUAAUAAAAUACUCGAAAAUUUCUCAAAAAA